CUGAGGAAGGAUAUGAAUACAUUGGAGUGAGUGAAGGAAAGGAAUCCUAAAAAUGAUUCCAUGGAUGAGAAUCUUCACUUGUGAAAAUAGAUUGGUAAAGUUGGAUCAUUUUUGCUUGGAUCUGAGAAAGCUCAGAGGAGAUUUGAUGGAAGUUUAUGGAAUCAUGAUGGGCCUGGACAGAGCAGAAAGAGAGCAAAUAUGAGAUAAAAAUUCCACGAUGGAAAACAGUGAAGAACCGCUGACAUACUUUCAACACAAUGGCAUCUUAUUCUCUUCACUGUUACACACAGUUGAGCGACUUGAAUGGCUGAAAGAGUUCAACAUAGAUCCAAAUAUUCCGGUCAUUAUCACUUACCCCAAAUCUGGAACAACUUGGAUACAGCAGGUCAUAAGUCUGAUUUUGUGCAAUGACAAUGAUUCUAAAAAAGAGAUGAACCUCUAUAAGAGAGCCCCGUGGAUGGAGAUUACGAGAAGCAAGCCUGAAAUCAAAGAUUAUCAGAUGUUGACAACACAUUUAAACUACCAAAUGGUGCCAAAAUGUUUGAAAAACAAAAAAUUCAAGAUCAUUUAUGUCACUAGAAAUCCCAAGGAUGUGAUUGUGUCUUCAUAUCACUUUCACAAAUAUGGUCGUUUCUUGGAGGCACCAAAGGAUUUUCAAGAUUUCUUGGAGAAAUUUGUUGAAGGAAAUGUAUUCUAUGGAUCUUGGUUUGAACAUAUCAGAGACUGGCACAGUCAUAAAGAUGAACUCAACAUCUUGUUUGUGGCAUAUGAGGAUAUGAAAAAUGAUCUCCGGAGUGUGGUACAAAAAGUUGCAUCUUUUCUGAAUAAAAAAUUGGACGAAGAUACCUUGGAGUCAAUUUUGAAUCAAUGCACAUUUAAAUAUAUGAAAGAAAACCCUAGAACAAACUACAAAGAUCUUGCAGAAAUGUUCAAUACAGAGAGUGGGUCUUUCUUUAGAAAAGGAAUUACUGGAGACUGGAAGAAUCACUUUCUUGUGUCUCAGAAUGAGUGGUUUGAUUCCAUCUACCAGGAGAAAAUGGGAGACUUCCCUCUGAAGUUUGACAAUAUGUGACUGAUUAGACUUCAUUCCCAAAUAAUUUGUCAUUUAAAAUUGCAAACUGUGUGAUUCUCUCAUAAAUUUCUAUCGAGCUUUUCCUGAUAUAUCCUAUAAGGGCAUGCAAAGAAGUUGCAGCAACAGAAGUCUGCAUUUUAGCUUUUCAAGCCUGCUCUAUUUUACAAAAAUGUAGCUGAUCUGAUUGUCACUUCAAACUCACAUUUUUGCCUACCAAUGAUAAUCUUUCACCCUCUUUGUUCAUUAAGAAUCUAUCCAUCUCUGACUUAAAAAUAUUCAUAGAUGUUGUUCCCACUGCCUUUUGAGGAAGAGAAUUCCAAAUAAGCUACCCUUUAUUUUUAAACAAAGGCUUCUAAUUCGAAAUUCUCCCAUAUUGAAAAAUAUCCAUUAAACAUCAAACCUGACAAGACCCUUCAAGAUCUUGUAUGGUCCAGUCGAAUUAGCUCUUAUUUUUUGAAACUCCACUGGAUCAAGUCCAUCCUCUUCAAUGUUUGCUCAGGAAACCAGGCAUUGCUUUGGUAAACCUUCUCUGUUCUGUUUCCAAUGUAUCCGUAUUUUUCCUUAAAUAAGGUGACCAACACUAUACAUAGUACUUGAAUAUGGCCUGACCAAUAGCCGAUAUAACUGAAGAGUGACCUUCCUCCUUUGUAUUCACUUCCCUUUGCAUUAAACAAGAAUUUUUUUCUUGGAUCCAGGCAUUUCAUUUUGUCUCGAGACAUAACAAUUUCAGAGAAUUACUUAUUGGCUUUCCGUUUCUUUGCCUCAAUAAACCCCUUUCUCAAAAUUGUCCCUCACAUAGCCCAAACCUGGUAAAGCUGGCAGUUGUUGCCUUUCCCUUACAACUCCUGAACUGAUUGGUUUUCUGGGCUACUUCAGCGUUAACCAUGUUACUGUGCAUUUCGGAUCAUAUGUAGGCUACCAGAUAAAGAUGAUGGAUUUCCUUCCCUCAACAAUAUUAGUGAACCAGGUGGAUUUUACAAUAAUCAACAAUGAUUACAUGGCCACCAUUAGAUGAGUUUUUAACUUCAAAUGAUAUUAAAUUCAAAUUUCACCAGCUGCCAUAAUCAGAUUUCAACCCAUGUCCUCAGAACAUGAGCCUGCAUCUCUGGAUUUCUCAACAAGUGAUAUUUUCAUUGUGCCACAUCCUCCCCGCAAUAAUAAAGAAAUAUAUCCUGCAUCCCUUCUUAACCACUUUACCAACUGCCCAGAUAUCUUUUGGAACCUGUGGAUAUAAGCACUCUAAUGUCCUUCUAUUGGUCUAAACUUCUCAGGACCAUUUAUAGAGUAUUUCUUUGCUUUGUCCAAAGUUGCAGAUAACACUUCUCUGAAUUGAAUUCCAUUUGCUCAUCUGACCAGUGUCAAAAUAUUUUAUUUUUCAAGGGCUUCUCUUGAGAUUUUCUUCACGGUAACUUUUUGUGUUUUAUGGGCUACUUUUUGCAAGGGCUCCUUUCUCAUGCUCACUAACUCCUUUCUGAGGUGAUAAGGUCACAAAGUAACUUCUUGAUUUCUCUUAAUGCAUGGGAUAUUUUUGCUGAUCUUUGGUAUAUUUGGGCUCUCAGAAUUAAAAGUUUUCAACAAUAUCCUAAAGUAACUUUACCCUAGUGAACUUAAAGCCACAAUCAUUAAUUUCCUUUGCGCCACAGUAUUUAAAUUGGCAUGUGACAACAGGCAUACUUUAGCAGCCUCAGGCUUCUACUUUAACAACACCAGCCACUCUGCAGCUACAUUCCCUCCAGACCCCAGGACUGAAAGCUUUGCUCCCCAGCCCCUGGCCUCAUCUUCCAUUGCCACAGUCUUCUGCCUGGCAGCCUUACUGACUGCUCCCACUCACGUCACUGAUGAUCCGAUUGCAGACUGUUUCUUUGCCAUGUUUGCAAGACAGAACCAGCCUGUGAUUGGAAGUGCAACUCCUCGUAGACAUUGUCCAUUAUUUUGAUGGGAUAGCUUUACUCUCAGUUGGUGUCCACAUGAGAUGGGAUUAACUCCUAACUUCAUGGUGAAAGUGCUCCUGAGUAGCAGCAACCAGAAUAUGAUUGAACGUUACAUACAGUUUAAGGGAGAGCAGUGUGGGACCAAGAUUACUAUUUUAAAUUGUGCAGACACUUUGCAAUAAAAAAUAAAUGGCAUGCAGCCUUGCCAUGCUUCAAAAUGCCUUAAAAUGACUAUAUUUGCACAUGUCUCUGGAUUAACCUGAUUAUACUUUAUUAAUUAAAAAAAAUUCUAAUCAACCUGCUCAGAGAUGUUAUGAGACACCCCUGGAACAGAUAGAACUUAAACCUUGGCUUCUGGCUUAGAGAUUGGGCUACUACCACUGCACCAUCUUCUUCUAUACUUGUCUGCACUUCACUCCCUGCUGAAGCUCCAAGCUGCCUCCAAGAACAUUCCAACCUCCCUUAAGGAUGGUGUCCCCGUUUCAGUUUUGAUGUGUCCUGUCAGACUUGCAUAGGUCCCAUCUUCCAGAUGCAGAAACCAGUGUGAUUAUGGAUCAUAAAGCCUCCAUCCUGCUCCUGUUCUUUAGCCACAUAUCGUCUAUUCUAUUUGGCUAUUCCUCUCCUCGUGAGCAUGUGGCACUGGGAGUAAUCCAAAGGUUUACACGACAAGUUUCACAAGAAAGUCAGUUUUAAUAUUCCAAAUUUACAGUAGUUUCACUUGUAGGAAAACAAGUAACAGACAAAACAGUUGCCCUCCCAGACCUUUAAUAGGGAUAAAGUUAAUUGUUUGUUCAUUCUGUUUAAUGGUCUCUUGUCUCAGGAUAUUACACUUCCCCAUUUAGUGUAAAUCUCAGCCAUCCAAUUCCUUAUGAUUAAUCGUUUACAUCUGUGGAUUCCUCGGUGUGUUUUUCUUCUGUUUCAUCAUCUUCCUCUGCAAUGUCUUCUUCUGCAUCUUCUUUCUCCUCCUCUUGUUUCUCAACCUCUUCAUCAGAAACCUCUUCAUAUUCUUCAACCUGUGCAUUGAGGUCCAUGUCCAUGCUGAAACAAUGCAUUCUUUCAAUUCUAUCACCAUUCGCCUUGGUGUAUGGUAACUGAAUGUAAUGUGGUGGUCUCAGAUAACACAAUGGCAAGGUCAGUGGCAGUCUCAUCAUCCUUGUUUUCCUUAACUUGUUUCAGCAUCUCUUAUCAAAGGAUGUCUUGGAUUAAUUUGAAAUGUCUUCACUCAAAUGGUAACUGUUGAAAUAUCUUAUCACAUUGAGAAAUAAAGAUUUCUUUUUUGAAA